AUGUCUUCGACGGCUCGUUCUUCUCGCCAGCGAUCAUCCAGAUCGUCUCGGCCCGUUAGGGCGAGUCGGACUCGCGUCCAGUCAUACCACGAAGAUAGCAGCUCGGAUGGUCGGCUUGACGAGGACACCGAGUCUGAUGAGGACCGAGUCAGGCGAGCGUCACUGUCGCUGCGCCCACGCAGUUCGAACCGAAUACCUCCAUCCUACCGCGAAGAGUCUACUGACGAUGACUUCGAAGAGAGUUCCAAUGGCGAUCCUACGGCCGUCAUGCCCGCCGAAGCUUCAAUUCAAUUUACCUAUCCAUUCUCCGGGCCUGCUAGGAACGGGCCCCCCGCCAGACCUAGACGAAAUCGCACCGUGAAAACCAGGUCUCAAACCCGUGGGUCGAAACGGCCACCCAGGAAAAACCGCUUGGAACUAGGGAGGCCUCUCAGCAAGCGGAUAAAGAUCAAAGAGGACAACAUCCACUUCAUCGGUUCCGGGAUCAUCCCACCAUGGCAGUCUCUUCCUUAUCACAUAUUAUUUGAUAUCUUUCUUCGUGCAUUCUACCCGCUGGUGGAUGAGAAGACGAUGAUGAGGAGCAGCUCACCACAAUGGCUUGUGAACAUCGCUCUCAUGUGUCACGCUUUUCAUGAGCCCGCAUUGGCGGCUCUCUACCAUUGUCCCCCGCUUAUUCCAGCUAUCAAAUCUCAUGCUUUGUUGAGUUUACUAUGUCGACCCCAAGAAGAACUCUCGACAAAUUACAGGAAUAAGAUCAAAGAGCUGCAUGUUGAUGUGGAGACUCUCUUGCUUUAUAAGAGUGGGCCCACCUUGGGGUAUUUCGAUCUGCCUAAGCUCCUUGAGCAGACACCACAAGUGAGAAGAGUACGACUUUACCACAAGGAUGACUUUGUUGUAGGUCUUCCGUCCUGGCAAAUCCCACGCUCCAAAUGGGUCUACCCCGAGACACUUUUUGAUACGAUGAAUUCGAGCUUGGUUCAUUUGCGCAGCUGGGACUGGAAUAGCCGGUUCAUGGAGACACAACAGUUACUUCCCUUCAUACUGGGGAAACACUACGAGCCAGCAUUCCGCAGGCUGACGGAAUUGAGGCUGUUGCAUAUUGCGUCAGAAGAUCUUGAUGGAGACGGCGUUGUCGAGUCUUCAAACGAACGAGAAGUUAUCCUCGCUACGGCAAUCAAAGAGCUUCCAGAUCUGCGUCAUCUCGAGUUUCUAGAAUGCUCAAUUGUUAAUGAGCAUCUUCUACCCCACAUGCCCUCCACACUUACUUCAUUGACCAUCAACAACUGUGAUGAGGUGACCGCAUUGAAUUUCGGCAUGUUUCUUGCUUCUCAUGGACAGCACCUGCGCGAGCUGGAUUUGAGUCACAAUCGGCAUUUGAGUCUAUCAUUCAUGGUGAGCCUCGCGGAGUGUUGUCAGAGUCUGGAGAAAUUCAAGAUGGACAUCUCUAUAUAUGACUGGUCUAGCUAUCACGAUAUUGAACCACACUUUGCCGAACUGCUUCGCCCCUCCGAUAUACCGACUUGGCCGGCAACCCUGCAAGAAAUUGAGUUGAUACAGUUGCGCAAGUGGGAUGAUGUUACAGCCGAGGUCUUCUUCACGUCCCUGAUCAACGCCGCACCAGAGCUCCGUUAUUUGCGCCGGUUGGCUAUCAGUGCUAUUUUAAGGAUAGGAUGGCGUGACCGUGCUUCCUUUCGGGAGAAAUGGAUUGGAAAACUGGAGAAGGUCUUCUUACGACGAACAACACCGCCGAAUCCCAACCUUCGUACACUUCGAAAGAAGGAUUUACAGGUCGAGAAAGACGAUCCUGCGACUCAGUCUGAGGCACAGAAUAGUAGCGUAUCUACGCCGUCUAAGCGCAAAAGCGCACGUCUUGCCCAGCGCAAGAAUUCCGAAGCCGAGGAUAAGGCCGAAUCGGGUGCAUCUUAUCGUGCAUCAAACGCCGACGAUCCGGAUCUGUUCAUUCAAGGCAUGUGCGACACUGUAAUGGUUCGAAUUGAUAACCAGCGCCCAACAGAGACACAGUUCAAUGAGCAAGAUUUCCUUGAUGACGAGCGCAGUGGCGAUGAAGACUGGAAUGGCAACGACUUCGAUGCUGACAAUGGGGGGCAUGCAUGUUCUUUCAUGAUGGACCUAGGGUUUUGA